AUGUUACGAUCAUGCUUGAGGAUUGAAUCAACGUUGGAGAAUAGUUGUAGAACCAUUUCUACUUCAUCAUGCUUAUUAAAAAAUAGAGCCGGCAAAUAUAAGGCAACCGUUAAUCGUUCUCAGCUGUUGACAUACGAAAUGGCUCAGAAGCCCCAUCACGUCGGUGUUCGAAAAUCAUGGCUCACAUGGCAUUCGCAAAACUUGGAAGGCUUUCGUCAAUCUCAACCGCUCGUCGUUGCCCAGGAUGAAGUCGUUCGAAGAUUUAUUCGCGGCUUCUUUCCCCAAAAUGUAGUUGUCAGUGGAAACGAGAUUGUCAUAAAGAGAAGAGGCAACGUAUUAAUCGUUGCCGGGUUCCUUCAAUAUUCGCGACGUCUCGAUAUCCGAAGAAUCUACUGGAUGUUUGGAUUUGCUGAAGAAUUCCUCUCCAUCCUUUUGAAGCAGCCCGUCAAGCUCGAAUUGUCGUUUGUUGAAUCCGAAGCAGACGUGGCAUACAACUAUAUUUAG